AUGGCAGUGUAUAAUUUUGAAGGAGACAUAGCUAAUAUAUCUGAAAGCCAACUAGAAUUUAUAAAUAAUGUAAUCUUAGAACAUGGCUUAAAGGAUAAUAAAAUAUUCUUUGAAUCUGUUGGCAAACCUGGUGAUAAUUAUGUAGCAAGUGUGAAAAGAAUUACAAUCGAAGGAGCAAAUGGAAGUAUAAAAAUUAUUGCAAAAAUAGCACCUACACUUGAAAUUAUUCGAAAACCCAUGAACACUCGUGUACUGUUUGAGAAUGAACAUCUGAUGUAUACUGAAGUAUUGCCGAAGUUAAUACAGUUUCAGAAAAAUGCAGGUAUUCCCGAAGAAGAGCAGCUACGAUACGCCAAGUGUUACGGAUCCACCUUGGAAGAGCCAAACGAAGUGAUACUUCUAGAAGAUAUGACGGCAUCUGACUUUAUAAUGUUGGAUAGGUUUACGUCACUUUCAAAUGAUUGUGUGAAAUCCAUGAUGAAAAAUUUUGCUGUGCUACACUCGUUAUCUUUUGUUUUGAAGCAUAAAGAGCCAGAAACAUAUAACAAAUUCAAAAAUAACUUAACGAACUUAUGGACACUUGUAGGUGGAUCAGAUGAUGCAAUGGGUUUUUUCCAAAUGAUAGAGGACGAUACAAUUGCUAUUGUCAAAGAUCCAAAAUACCAAGACUUUGUGCGGCACAAAGUCAGUGACCUUCCAAACUUAGCGACGAAGUUUUCUAAGAUUGAUGCUUACAACCAGUAUACUGUCAUCCUGCAGGGCGAUUCUUGGACUAAUAAUAUUUUGUUUAAAUUUCAGGGGGAAAAAUUAAUAGACUCAGUGAUGAUCGACUACCAACUAUCCAGAAAUACAAGCCCUGUAAACGAUAUCAUGUACAUGAUCUUUAACUGCACGGACCACGAGACAAGAAAAGAAAACUUUUACGAUUGGAUAGAAUAUUAUCAUUCAGAAUUAGAAAAAUCUCUUUUCAACUACAAUUUAAAAACUAGCUUAGUGUACCCUCGAGACAAAUUGGAUGUUGACUUAAAACAAUACGCCAAAUUCAGUUUUGGACUCUCUGUACUUCUAGCCAGUAUGCUCAUAAGGAAGACCGAAGAUGUAGCUAAGAUGACUGAUGCUAUGAAAAACGAGAACAAACCAGAUGCCCAAGACUUUGUAGUUUCGACGUUAGAUGAAGAAUCUACAACGCGGUAUAGAAAUAGAAUCAUUGGUUUAAUUGAAAGUUUUACUGAGCUAGGACUUAUGUAA